GGAGCAAAGUUAGAGAGUAGAAGCAACUUAUAGGCAACAAAGACUUUGAAAAGGGAUUUAUCUUCUUUAAGUUACUACUAUCACUUUGCAUAGCAUUUUCUUGCUUUUCUUUAUCUUUAUCCCCUGAGAUCUAUAGCAUAUUAAGGAUUUUUGUGUGGGGUUUUUUUUUUUUUUAAACUGAGUUGCAAGCGAUUUACCCGUUUUGAAAAGAAGGGGGAAAGAACUAUAUAUAUAUAUAUAUAUAUUAAAGGGGGGAAAGAAGAAUUGGUCCUUCUGUAUGCCUUUUCCAGAAUUUAAGGGGAUGAGCGUCUACCCCUUUCCUGGCUUUGUGAGCUUGUGUGAGAGGCUGUUCUCGAUUCUUUGACUCAGAGAACGGCGUGUAAGCCCUCUCCCUUCGGAAACUUUUAAAAAACCCUAUUGGUGCACCGUCAGAGUGCACAAGUACCUGUGGCUCUUGUCCUCCUAUUUCCACCCCUCCCCGGUCAGGCCCGCUCCCCCCUUUCAAAAGGGUAGGAGGGGAGAGAGAGAUUGUGUGGUGUCUUCCUAUGCUGAGGUGUCUCUGCUUGCCUGUUCCUUGCACACUAGGAGUGUCCGGGUCGCCUGUCUGUCCCCACCUUUGCUACAGGGUUCUCGCCACACAGCGCCUCCGGCCCCUUCUCUCCUAUCCUCCCUGCCUACUGGCCGCUCUUUCCCCUCUUUUCGCCCCCCUGUCCCCGUUGCUAUGGCGCUGCACCUCUAUUUGCUGCUGUGGGCAGUGGCGGCGACGGCACCGAGCCGGCUGGUUGUGGCGCUGGGGCCGGUGGUGCGGUGCGAGCCGUGCGAUUCUCGUGCGCUGGAGCAGUGCCUGCCUUUGGCGACCGAAUGUCCGGAAGUAGUGCGGGAGCCGGGUUGCGGCUGCUGCCUGACGUGCGCCUUGCAAGAAGGACGCCCGUGCGGCGUGUACACUGAGCGCUGUGGCUCCGGACUCCGCUGCCGGCCCCGGAGCGAUGAGCAGAAACCCCUGCAGGCGCUCCUAGGCGGCAAGGGACUCUGCACCAACGUCAGCGGCAACGCGGCGGCGGCGGCGGCCGGCGACGGAAGAGAUGGCGGCAGCGGCAGCGGCAGCGAACUGCGAGCCCUCCUCCUGCGCGGGACCCGUGGGCCGGGGAAUUCCAGUGACUCAGAGGAAGACCAGAACACCAAUAGCACAGAGAAUCAGUCUGCUCCCAACGCACACAGACUGUUGGAUUCCAAGUCACAUGCUCACCACACCAAAAUAGAUAUCAUUAGGAAAGAGCACACCAAAAAUACUCAGCGCUACAAAUAUGAUUCACAAAGUGCAGACACAUUGAAUUUCUCUUCUGAUUCUAAACAGGAGACUGAAUAUGGUCCUUGUCGAAGAGAAAUGGAAGACACAUUAAAUAACCUAAAGAUUCUGAAUGUCCUAAAUCCAAGAGGAUUACAUAUCCCAAAUUGUGACAAGGGAUUCUAUAAGAAAAAACAGGCAGAAGCAGCUGAAGAUGACCACUGGAAGAGUGCCGUCCAUCCAGAGGCAGAAAAAGAGGCUACUGCUGGUGUGUGGAUAAAUAUGGACAACCACUCCCAGGAUAUGAUGGGAAAGGAAAAGGAGAUGUCCACUGCUACAAUUUAGAAAGCAAAUGAGGCACCAUCUUUCAUGGAAUCUGUGUAUGGCAUCUUGACCCUCCAGAGGCUUUGGAGUGACUGGGCUGCAGUAUGGACUGCGUUGGACUUGGGAGCUCCAGGGUUUGCCCCCUUCUUAAUGGGGGUCAAUAUCUGUGGACUCUGCAGCUGCAAGCUGCCAUUGGCGCACUUCCAGUUUUUCAUAGAUUCACAUAGGGAGCUCUGAAAUACCAAAUAAAUCUGCACUAUUGAUCCCCAGAAAGAAUAAGGGAAAAAGGCACUUCAGAAUGGAUUCAGGGAGUCUCCACUGGCUUUGUUUUUUUUGUUUUAAUUAAUGGCCUGUGACCAAUUUGAUCCUGAAAGAUAACUGUGCUUUUAGUUUGAAGAAUCUAUAGACUAUAAGCUUUGUAAAUAUAUUAAACAUAUUGGAUAUGAUCCAAUCUAAGCUAAGCACUGGAGAGUUAAGCAUGAGUUCAAUUUUCUUCCACUGAAAUAACUUAUAAAUGAUAUAGGCUGGGUUGGAUCACACCCAAGGUGUUAAAGUUUUCAUUUUGGUUUUAUACAGGUCUGAUGGGAAACUUUAUCUUCAUGGGUAAAAAAAGAACUUUUUAAAAGAAAUGUGUCUACAUGGCUAUUUUUUCUGUAAAAUAUACUAUACUAUGAAUAUUCUUUUUGUCUGUAUUUAAUAUAAUUCUUUUUUUUAUAAACUAUUUAAAUGAAACAUAA